GGCUGCCAGUGCCUGUCACCUCUUCCAGAGCACAGGGGAGGCAGUGGAGGCACACAGGCGCUGCAGGAGCAAGUGAUCGGGUACAGGACUGGGGACAGGCUCGACCGCCUCUGGGUGGCCAGACCCAUCGUCGCCCUCAGGAUGCCAAACUCUCCGCCCCUGCGGCUGCUGCUGCUCCUCUGGCUGUGGGGACUGCCGCUCCGGAGGGCGGAGACAGGCUCUGAGGGGCAGACGUCGGGGGAGCUGUACCAGCGCUGGGAACGGUACCGCAGGGAGUGCCAGGAGACCUUGGAGGCCGCGGAGCCGCCCCCAGGCCUCGCCUGUAAUGGGUCCUUCGAUAUGUACGUUUGCUGGGACUAUGCUGCACCCAACGUCACUGCGCGUGCGUCCUGUCCCUGGUACCUGCCCUGGCACCGCCACGUGGCCACAGGCUUUGUUCUCCGACAGUGUGGUAGUGAUGGCCAGUGGGGACCUUGGAGAGACCACACCCAGUGUGAGGAUCCAGAGAAGAAUGGCUCCUUUCAGGACCAGAGGCUGAUCUUGGAGCGGCUGCAGGUGGUGUACACCAUCGGCUACUCCUUAUCCCUUGCCACUCUGCUGCUUGCCCUGCUCAUCUUGAGUUUCUUCAGGCGGCUGCGCUGCACCCGUAACUACAUCCACAUCAACCUGUUCACAUCCUUCAUGCUUCGAGCUGCAGCCAUCCUCACCCGAGAUCGGCUGCUACCUCCACCUGGCCCCUACCCUGGGGACCGUGGCCCCACACUGUGGAAUCAGGCCUUAGCCGCCUGCCGCACCGCCCAGACGUUGACCCAGUACUGCGUGGGUGCCAACUACACGUGGUUGCUGGUGGAGGGCGUCUACCUGCACCGGCUCCUAGUGCUGGUGGGAGGCUCUGAGGAGGGCCACUUCUGCUGCUACCUGCUCCUCGGCUGGGGGGCCCCCGCGCUUUUCGUCAUUCCCUGGGUGAUCGUCAGGUACCUGUACGAGAACACGCAGUGCUGGGAGCGGAACGAGGUCAAGGCUAUUUGGUGGAUCAUACGCACCCCUAUCCUCAUAACCAUCUUGGUAUGGCCGCUCCUGCAAUCCUCCAGGCCAUCCUUGGGGAUUUCCCAUUUUGGGAAACGGGGCGCCACUCCUGCCCUCCAGAGUGGGGUCGUGUCUGGCUCAGCUUCUCUCUUCUCACAGAUUAAUUUCCUCAUCUUUAUCCGCAUUCUUGGCAUUCUUGUGUCCAAGCUGAGGACGCACCAGAUGCGCUGCCCAGACUACCGCCUGAGGCUGGCUCGCUCCACGCUGACGCUGGUGCCGCUGCUGGGUGUCCACGAAGUGGUGUUUGCUCCCGUGACGGAGGAACAGGCCCGCGGCGCUCUCCGCUUUGCCAAGCUCGGCUUUGAGAUCUUCCUAAGCUCCUUCCAGGGUUUCCUGGUCAGCGUCCUCUACUGCUUCGUCAACAAGGAGGUGCAGUCGGAGAUCCGCCGCGGCUGGCACCACUGCCGCCUGCGCCGCAGCCUCGGCAAGGAGCAGCGGCCCAAGCUCCCGGAGCCCCCUUCCCGGGCCCUGCCCUCGGGCUCUGACCGGGGCAAGAUCCGCGUCGGCAGUGCCUUGUCCUUGGGGGCGCUACCAGGGCCUAGGGAUGAGGGCAGCCGGGUUUUGGAAAGUUACUGCUAAGUAUGGGAAUCCUGUGUCUGUGGUGAGCAUGUAUUUAUUGAGUGCCUACUGUGUAUCAGACCCGGUGCGGGGGACGCUGGGGAAAUUGGGAAGAAGGGAACAGAAGACAAGGUCCCUGCUCUCCUGGAGAUCCCAACUGAGUGGGGGAUGCUGAUCGUGAACACAAAAUGUGAAGCUACACAUAGGCUGUGAAGUGGCGCAUGAAAAGAAUUUAGAAGGGGCUGUCUGGGAGGCCAUCUCCGAAGAUGUGAUAUGAAACCACUUCUGAAUACCUGAAAGAGGUUAAGGUGACAACUUCGGAAAGAAUUGGAAGACAAGAUUUUAGGUAGAAGAAAGCAUGUGCAAAGGCCUUGGGGCAGGAGGGAGCUGUCGGUGGCUGCAGAACAGGAGGCUGAGGGGGUUGGAGUGGGGUAGAGGCCCACAGAUGAGGAGCACAGGAAUUGGAUUUUAUUUCAGGUGCAAUGAAGAUUUUAGCAGGAGUGUUUCCUGGGCUGUUUCAAAUGGAUCAAUCUCCUGCUCUACAGGAAAUGGAUUAAUGGGCAGGAGUGGAAGCCAGGAGCCCAGUGGGUGGGGGCAGGGGUGGGGGGGUGGACAAAUACUGAGCCCACAGAGAGGUGAGAAGCAGGUGGAUCCUGAAGCUAUUGCAAAGGUAGAGAGGACCUGCUUUGGAUGUCAUGAGGAAGUGUGGUGGCAAAGGGUCAAGGAGAGCUCCUGGGUCUGGGGUGGGAGAGUGAGGAAAGGUGGGGAAAUGGGGUUCAGGGAGGGGAGAACCAAGAAUGCUCUUUGGACAUGUUACACUGGUGACAUAAGCCAUGGGUUGGGUCAGAAGGCCUGGACCUUGUGGGAGAGCUGAGAGCUGGAAACAGAAUGAGAUGACUCGGGCGGAGAUACAGACACAGGCAAUUCAAGGCAGGCCUGAACAGAAACCUAUCCAGAGCAGCUGGGAGAGUAUGCACACCCCACCCUCCUGCAAUGGGCGGCCCUGGAUCUGCAAGGACUGGGGGGAAGAUGAGGGCCUCGUCCUGUGGCUGGACCACCCGUACACAUGCAGUGCCCUCACCUCUCAACCAUCCCCACCCAUAGAUUUAGUUAGUACCUGAGUGCUGUGUUUCCCUGGGUCCCUAGCUCCCGGACAGAUGUGUCCCAUAGCUGAACUUGGAGUCUUUCUAAGCUUAUGGCCCUGCUGGACUCCCACCCCUACCCCUCUGGGUUCUGGUGGGGUGGGGGCCACAGGGUAGGGCCCUGGUAAAUAAAACAUGAGAAACCA